AUGUCUCUACCCAAGCAGCUUGCCCUUCUAGUGUCAGUAAGCCGCCCUCUAUCGUGGGUAGUUGCUCCUGCAAUAUGGUUCUCAGGCCUGAUUCAUUCUGGAAAAUAUGAAUUGGUUGCCUUUGGAGUAAAUGAUGUUUAUGAUUAUACGUCAGAUUCGCAAAAUCGACGCAAGACCAGUCAAUGGACGGACGGGACCGCUCUCGACCAGCAUCAUCACAGAUAUGUAUUGCUAGCAGCUAAAAUAUCGACUGCGCUAGUCUUAUUGAUAACCUUUUCCUCAUGGAGAAAGUCGUCAGAGCUCUUCAGUUGCAUCGUCGCUG